UCAUCAUCUGGUAACACUGGCAAAUUGUCCGAGUUUUUUUUUCCAACAUUAUUAACAAAAUAAAUAGCGGUCGAAUUGCGCAUAAUACACUUGCAUUCGCCAGCAUUGCAAACUCAUCCGGAAAAUCAGGAUAAAACGAAUUUAGGCCAAACAAAAUCCGCAGUGACCGAAGAAAAUCAAAACAAGUGAAAAGCGACAAAAAAGAGCAAAAAACGUUAAAUAUGUCUGACAACAACAGCGGAUCCGGCGGAGGAGGAGGCGGUGGCGGUGGCUCCGGGAACAACAAUAGUGCUAAUAGCGGGAAGAACUCGACGCACAGGGUCGACGAGGUGACCAGCGCCAUUACCAACCAGUUGCUGGGCAAGUGGCGCAAGAACUUCUACAGCGAACCGAAGAAUCUGCUGGCGCAGAACGUCUGCUCCCGCGUGGACCCCUUCGAUGUGUGCCUCUCGCGAAAGGCUCUGGAGACCACCAACCAUGUGUUCAACUACAAGGUGGAGACGGAGGGCAAGCCGGUGACCAACCAAAGGAGCUCCGGCCGCUGCUGGCUGUUUGCGGCCCUCAACUGCAUCCGCCUGCCAUUCAUGAAAAACUACAAUCUGGACGAGUUCGAGUUCUCGCAGGCCUUCCUCUUCUACUGGGACAAGAUCGAGCGGUGCAACUACUUCCUCAACAACAUCGUGAAGACGGCGCAGCGGGGCGAAAAGGUGGACGGCCGGCUGGUGUCCUUCCUGCUCCUCGAUCCCACCUCCGAUGGCGGCCAGUGGGACAUGCUGGUCAACCUGAUAGCCAAACACGGCCUCAUGCCAAAGAAAUGCUUCCCCGAGAGCUUUAGCUGCGAGUCCAGCAUACGAAUGAACGCCAUACUGAAGAGCAAGCUCCGCGAGUACGCCCGCCAUCUGCGUGUGCUGCUGGACCAGAAUCCAACGGAGGAGGAGAUCGCCUGCAAGAUCCAGGAGCAGAUGGCCGAGAUCUACAAGGUGGUGGGCAUCUGCCUGGGCAUUCCCUCGGAGACCUUCACCUGGGAGUACUACGACAAGAGCAAGAACUAUCAGUCUAUUGGACCGGUCAGCUCGCUGGAGUUCUACGAGCGCUAUGUAAAGCCGCAUUUCAACGUGGAGGACAAAGUGUGCCUGGUGACCGACCCUCGGCCGACGAGCAGCUAUGACCAGGCCUACACUGUCGACUGCCUGGGCAAUGUGGUUGGCGGCCGACCCGUCCUGUACAACAACCAGUCCGUGGAACUGCUCCUGGCCGUGGUCACCAAGUCGCUGAAGGCCGGCGAGGCCGUUUGGUUCGGCUGCGAGGUCAGCAAGCGAUUCGCCUCCAAGCAGGGCAUCGAGGAUGUGGACGUCCACGAUUUCAAGCUGGUCUUUGACAUCGACAUACAAACGACAUUCUCCAAGGCAGAUCGUCUGAUCUACGGCGAAUCGGCCAUGACCCAUGCCAUGGUCUUCACCGCCGUAUCCGUGGACAAGGGUGGUGUGGCCCAGAAACUGCGGGUGGAGAACUCGUGGGGCGAGGAUCGCGGCGAGAAGGGCUACCUGGUGAUGAACGCCGACUGGUUCAGGGAGUUCGGCUUCGAGGUGGUGGUGGACAAGAAGUACGUGCCCGAGGAUGUGCUGCGCGUGUUCGACAUGGAUCCGAUCGUCCUGCCCGCCUGGGAUCCCAUGGGCACGCUGGCGCAGUAGGCCGCCAUCCACAUAUAUAUUUAAAUACAAUAUAUACAAAGCUUUACGAUCAGCAAUCUUCGAGCGGCAUCCAAGUGUUCGAGCUACCAUACCAGCUUUCAGUUUUUGUGUACAUUUUUUUUCUCUGGCCAGUUGUACCAUUUUUCGAGCUUCUCCCUCACCCCCACUCCCGAUCCCUUAGAUAUAUGCAUUUGCAAUAUAUCCCACCAACUUCCCCAGUUCCCGUCAAUUAUGUAAAACAAUAAUUUGUGUUUAGUCUAAGUAAAAAACUAAAAAAUUUCUCAGUUCUCCCCCAAAUUACUUUUUUUGAUUUAGCAGCGGGCAGUUGAAAAUAUAUACAAUACAAACGAGAAUAAACAGAUGAAUAAUGUAAAUGCAUUUUUUACGUAUAUACAAUUACAUAUUAAAUAAAUAUAUUGAAAACA